CUUCACCUGGGGAAAACAUGGCUGUGCAUAGCAAACUCACGCCAAGGAAUUCAGCAAUUGUCACGGCCAUAGGUGUGGGUAUAUACCUUGUCUACAAAAAUGUCAACUUCAAGAAGACGAGAAGAAAUCAGCCAGAUAUCAAAGUUGUCAUCUCCCAGCAUGGCCAGAAAAAAGAAAAGGCUGCAGUUGAUGGCGUGUUUCUCAGGAGGAUGAGGCACAUUUUGAAAAUUCUCAUCCCGGGAUGGUUCACACCAGAGGCGUGGUACAUGCUGUUGGUGGCCAUUUCUCUGAUAGCUCGGACCUAUGCUGAUGUGUGGAUGAUACAGAAUGGUACAGCAAUAGAAAGUGCAAUCAUUGGAAGAAAUAUGGAACUUUUCAAGAAGCAUCUGUUACAGUUUAUUUAUGCUAUGCCUGCUAUUUCUACUGUAAAUAACUGUCUGAAGUACGGGCUCAAUGAGCUGAAGGUUCGGUUUCGCUCCAGGUUGACACAUCAUCUUUAUGAAAGCUACCUCAAAGGGUUCACCUUCUACAAGAUGAGUAACCUUGACAACAGGAUUUCCAAUGCUGACCAACUGCUGACACAGGAUGUAGAGAAAUUCUGUGACUCAGUGGCUGAGCUGUACUCCAACCUCAGCAAGCCUGUCCUCGACGUGGUUCUGUACACCUUCAAGCUGACUGGCGCCAUUGGACCACAGGGUCCAGCAUACAUGUUAGGCUAUCUGGCAGUGUCUGGCUUGAUUCUUACAAGGUUGCGGAGGCCUAUUGGCCGCCUCACAGUCCAAGAACAAAAGUUGGAAGGGGAAUAUAGAUAUGUCAAUUCAAGGCUCAUCACGAACAGUGAAGAAAUAGCAUUCUAUCAAGGAAACCAAAGAGAAAGGUUCAUCAUUCUUGCAACGUUCCAGAAAUUGAUAUCACAUCUGCGCUACUUCAUUUUCUUCAGACUGCAGAUGGGUUUUGUUGACAGUGUAGUUGCAAAAUACAUAGCCACAGUGGUGGGGUACUGGGUUGUCAGUCGACCCUUCUUGAAUCUGGCACAUAAACGCCAUCUCACAAGCACCCACAGUGAGAGAUUGGAGGACUACUACAAGAGCGGACGUAUGUUGGUGAAGAUGGCGGAGGCCAUUGGGAGAAUCGUGCUGGCCGGGCGAGAGAUGACCAGACUAGCAGGUUUCACAGCCAGAGUCACACAACUGAUAAAAGUGUUGGACGAUCUCAACCGAGGCCACUAUGAGAGAACAAUGGUGACAACGGAACAAACACAAGCUCUGGAGAAUAACAAAGCAUUGAAACCUGGUAGCGGAAAGAUCAAUAUUCAAGAUCAUAUUAUCAAAUUUGAGAAAGUCCCCCUUGUCACCCCGAAUGGAGAUGUGUUGGUGAAGGAGCUGUCCUUUGAGGUGCGGUCGGGCAUGAACAUCCUGGUGUGUGGGCCCAAUGGCUGUGGCAAGAGCUCCCUCUUCAGAAUCCUUGGCGAGCUCUGGCCGCUGUUUGGCGGAACCCUCACCAAGCCAGAAAAGGGCAAACUGUUCUAUGUCCCUCAGCGGCCAUACAUGACAGUGGGGACACUGCGAGACCAGGUCAUCUACCCUGACGCACACACUGACCAGCUCAGGAAAGGGGUCAAGGACACUGACCUUGCUGAAAUCCUAAGCAAGGUCCAGCUCGGCUACAUCUUGGGCAGAGAAGGAGGCUGGAACUCCAUACAGGACUGGAUGGAUGUGCUGAGCGGUGGGGAGAAACAGAGGAUAGCAAUGGCCCGACUGUUCUACCACAAGCCACAGUUUGCAAUCCUGGAUGAGUGCACAAGUGCUGUCAGUGUGGACGUAGAGGGCUACAUGUACAACCACUCCAGAGAGGUGGGCAUCACACUCUUCACUGUGUCACACAGAAAGUCUCUGUGGAAACACCACGAGUACUACUUGAAGAUGGAUGGCCGAGGAGAGUACGAGUUCAAGCCCAUCACUGCCGACACCACCGAGUUUGGGUCUUGACCUUCAUGAUUCCUAGAACAUGAUUAAAUUAAUCCUGAAAUCUGAAAAUGUUUUGACACAUAGUGAACUGGGACAUAAUAUUGAUAUUUUAUAUGAUUGUGCCUUUUAGAUCUGUAGAUCAUGUUUAUUAUUCUUAUUAGAAUCAUGGCAAGUUUUUUUUUAUUACCAUUCUUACUCUCCAUAAUCUGCCAGUAGGCCAGCUUUGUGUGCAACUGGAGAUGGAUGUAGAGCAGGGACAAAUAGCCUAGCUUGAGUUGUUUGAUACACGUCCAGUGAAUUGAUGGGUGUAAAUUAUUUUGUGAUCACCAGAAGUAAUGCUGAAGGGGUUGUUGUGCUAUAGGAUCCUACAGAAGAAUGCACAGGCACCUAAUCGUAACAGAAAUGCACCAUGGCCAGAAUCUUAAUACAAAAAAUUGGUCUGUCCACUGCAUGGUAACAAUGCAGCUGGAAGUCAAUUACAAUGUUUCCCUCACCUUUAUAUGGACACGUUAGCUCGUCAGAUACCAGAACUAUUCACUACUUUCAUAAAAUUGAAUUACAUGGGAGCUCGUUUAGUAUUCUUUAUUAGACUAACGCUCAGUCUCUGUUUCUAUCAAAAUUAUAUAUUUUCAAACAAUCUAUUUAGACUGAAAAGGAGCCCCAGUGAGAGAAAGAUUCUGUUUGAAAACCUAGACUUGCUUCAUUUAGGGCUAUAGCAUUACAGGUAAGGGUUCAGGUAUCUGUCUGUUGUCUGAUUUUGUCAGGGGUGCAAAUAAGUGCACAGAACAGUGAUAGUGCUAUAGGACCAUAUGAGACAACAACCACUUCAGCUUUAACGCAAACAUAUUUAUAAAAUGAAUUUCUUAGUAAUAUUAUAUGACCAGUUGACAGGAAUGAAUUUCAAACAGAAAUACAAUAGGUACCAUUUUCUGUUACACACUAACUCUAAUGUGUCGUAUUGUUUCAUGUAACAAGUCAGCAUUCAUGAUCUUGUUACUGAUUAGUUUUGAAGAUAUAUCCUGUCAAAAAGAAUAAUGUGGAGAUUUGUUAUCUAUGUCUUAUGUAUAUAGAUGUUGAAUAUGAUUUUUGGAGUGCAGACUUACUGUUGAGGAUUUGUGUUGUAACAAGUGUUUGAAAUACCUUAAUAUACUACUCCACUUUUGAUAUUCUUUUCUUUCCAAGAUGAACAAAAUUACUGGUAGCAGAAAAACAUUCAUAAGCCAAGCAUUAACAGUUUACAACCAUCUGAACACUUCAUGUAGAAUCUAUCGUCAGUAUGCAAAGUUGAAAUAUCUAUUGCAAUUACAAGAAACAGAUAUCUUCAUUAGUUCCGGAAAUGGAAAGCACUAGCAGAAGGCUAAAUAAAAUAAAAGAAUUGGUUCUCAGGCAAUGGUUUUUGAAAAUGUAGUGCAGGCGGGGUCUGUUACUUUUUGGUUGUUCAAACUGGUAUGAUACCAAAUAAACAGUUGUGUACGAUCAACCUGGGAAUAGUUUUUCACAACUGUUGGACUUAAAAUAUUUAAGGAUUUUAGGGUUUUUUUAAAAUGGAAAUAAAAACGAAACGUGGGCGGUGCCUGAGAUUAUUAAUUUUUUUAGCCUAAUGCAUUGCCAUAUAGCCCAAUCUAAUGUCUUUUGUGCAUUUCAAGCUGUUUUGUUUGUUAAAAAAAUGAACAUGUAUCAUACAUUGUAUAUUAAAUGUAACAUAUCAGUCUUUGGAAAU